AUGAUGAACGAAACAGAAAUUCAUGCAAUUCUUAAGCAUACUCUAGAUCAAAACAACAUCUGCUAUAAUGUCCCUGAAUUCCCAUUCUCAUGCGUUCCUGGCUACAUAAAGCAGCAGCUCGGCCCAGAAGCAAUAAUUUUCGGAUCCCAAUAUCCCCUUCUAAAACAUUACAUCGCUCUCCGUAUAAUUCAAAACCAACUCCAUCUGACUUUCAUUGAGACCAAAUUCAUCGUCCCUGCUUCUGGGUACUCUCACUUGCUUGAACUCUGCAACAAAUUAAACGAAAAAAGAACAACAGGCAAAUUCAUAAUCGUCCAGCACCCAAAGCCGCAAAGACUUGGGACCGAACCCCGCUUUCUGAUAGCUAUGUCCUUUUCUAUCACUCUUGCGUAUGAAACAAUAAAGCAUUUCAUUCAAACCUAUUUCUUAAUCAUGCUUUAUAAACUGGAAGAAGACUACAAAAUCCAAGCCAGUGAAUUGAUGAUCCCUUUUUUGGCGAAAAUGCAAAUUAGCCUUACUAAAAUUGUCACUAGUAAUAUUGGAAAAAAUAUACCAAAAGAAGAAGCCUGCAGGGCUGUAAAAGCAGUGCUGAAUGGAAUUGGGUUCAGGAUGAUAAGAGAAAAAAUUACAAUCAGAGGAAUUGACACAUUUAAUUGUUUUUUGGUCGCAAUUUCAACUGAAGAUAAAUCUAAAGGAAACAGAGAGUGAAGCUUGUUUCCGGCAUUUAUUGAGGUUGGAGACGUUACAAUUGCAAUUAAAAUUGUUUUUGCUAUAAACAGCGAAAUUUAUUCAGCUAAUGACCCAGUGAUACAGUCGAAGUAUUUCCAAUUUGAUAAUUAUAUAAAUCAUGAGCUCAAGAGAGGAACUUUCAAGUUCAAAAGUCCAGAAAAUAGGAUUCUGAUGGAGCAUAGCGUAAUAUAUGCAACACUGAAUUUUCAUGAAAUCUGCUCACUCCCCCCUUUAAAUUGGAACAAAAUAUCGGUAAAAUAUGUACUUUAAACCCCCUUUAAAUUGGAACAAAUUUGUUUUUCAUAUAGAAAAAUUUAAACGAUGGGAAAUACUAGUUUUUACCUAAUUUAACAGAAAAAUGCUAGUAGAAUGCGAUUAAAACUGUAUCAACACUGAAUCGAUGAAUUGUUUAUUUAAUUCUUCAUAAAAUAAUUAAAUUCAAAGCAUUGUGCUCCAUUAUAUUUUUUAAAAAAAAAUUAUAGAUGAAAAUUCUAAUUUUUAUAAAAUUAGUUUUUUACCUAUUUUUCGAGAUUCUAAAAUAAAAAAUUAACCCCCUUUAACGUGGAGCAGGAUUUUUUGUUCCAAUUUAAAGGAAGAGUUAGUUAUCAACGAUACGAUGUCCUACAUGACUCAUAUUUUUGGAAGAUAUAGCUAUGGGCUGUAUUUAAUAAAAAAGGGCUAUGCUUAUGAAGGGAGCCAAAGAUCUUCUGACGAGAGAUAUCCUGAAAUUUAUAAAAUUGUACGAAGAUGUGAUAGAGAGAAUGAGAAUAUAACUUACACUGGUCUCUGCAUUGACAUAACAAACCCUCAAACUGUUAUAACUCGGGCCCCAGAUUCUUAUGUCACACAUGAUUUCAACAAUAGAGAAUUUGAAAUCGAGACUACUUUGCUUCAAAGGCUGCUCGAUGUAAAAGGUUUUGAGUUUAUCACUAUCAGCAAAGAAAGUACAAGAAUCACUUACCCAAUCUGAAGUUGCUAUACAAUUGAAGAAGGACUAACUAGACUUAAAGGUGAACGUGUCUAUAAAGCUAUUGAAGAGCUCUUUGUAAAUUCUGCCAAAGCUGGAGUUUUAUUUUCAGAAUUACCCAUUUCUUCAAUCAAAGUUUACAAGCACCGUAGUGUGGUUUUUGCUUAUAUAAACCAAUACCCAUACCACAAGCUUGGAAUUUUGAUAAACUAUUCUGUUGACAUGCUUCAUGAAGUUAUAUGCAGAGUCAAUAAAGACAUACAAAGCCAAGCAUAUGCUUGUCUAGCUAUAGCAAGAAAAAUCCAGCCAAUUUCGAUAGACUAUAUCCCUCCUGAUAGUUUUUACCCUUCUUUGGAAGAUGGCGAUGCAGAUAUCAGAAAUAUUGAUCUCGCAGGAAUGAAAGUGGAAUUAAUACCAUUUGAUGAAAAAGAUAUCCCGAGCUUUAACAUUCACAAAUGUCUGAUUCAUCCUCACAUAAUCUCAACUUUAGGAAGAACUUCUGUCAAAGGUAAACAAUAUGUGGUCUUAGAAAAGCAUUAUGAAUUUCUUAUCCCCCAUCCCCGAGUAAGCAAAUUUUUUUCUCCGAGGGGCAAUUUUCGUUUUAAAAUUGAAUGUUUAAAAAAGAUUUUAUAUCAGUAAACCCUAUUUUUAAAGCAAAAUUUAUGUUUUAAAAAUUUGUGUUUUAAGAUAAUUUUAUAGAGACUAAUUAUUUAUGAUGAAAAGGCUUUUUUUUAGACUUAGCGAGAUGCAUGGUGCAUAGGAUAUAAGGAAUCAAUAUGCCAAUAUAAAAAAGAUUCAUCGUUAAGUACUACAAGUAAGUUAUAAUCAGAAGCAAAAAAGCCAUUAAAUUUAAAUGUAAAAAAAAUUUAGCUCCUGAAAAUAUAUUAAAAUUAUUAAAAAACAUAUAAGAGCUAUUUUUAAGGACAUCUUCCUUCAAGGAAUAUCAUAACCAAGAUGAAAUUUUGCAAUUUUUUUGUGGUUAGUCUCCUUAAUUUAGGCUUUUAUAUAUUUUUAAAUAUUUUUAUAUAUUUUAUUAGCCAUUGAAAAAAGGCACACUGAGAACUGAAAUAUGUAUAGCCCUUAAAAUAUUUUAGAUCAUUAUUGGCAAUCAAUUUUAAUUUUCAAAUUAAUUUGUACUUGCCAUCUUUAUUGAAAAUUAGAAACGAAGAUGGCAAAUCUCCUUUUAUGGUUUUAAAUUGCCUAAUCAGACUUAAACUGUAUAAGGCAGGUGUCCCUGAAUCUAUUUUUUCUGGUCAGUAUUCUUCUGAGUAUAGCAAUCUGCAGGUUCAUGAGCUAUAUGAUUUUAACUUAAAUACUGUUGCUAUCUGUACAAAGAAGCGCAAUAAGGAGCUCUGUUUAGUGCGUAUUUGUGCUGAGAAAACAGUUUCGCAUUUUCAUGAGCUAAUAUUUUCGAAAUAUGAAUUUCUCUGAUAUAUGACAUAAAAUUUGAAAUUAAGAAGGCUCGAAAUUUAGCACUGUUUCGCUACUUUGAUAUAUGCUGCAGCACACAUUUGUGUAGAGAUUAUCUUUGUUUUUGCGCAAAUAUAAAAGACUUUUUAAGAGAGUUUUCGCAGCGCCUAAUAAACCGUUAUCUCUUAAGAAAAAGAGAUGAAAUUCGUUUUAAUAAGACGGCUUAGCCUUGAUUUAUUGACAUAAUAAUUUAGUUUUAUUAAGAGAAGCAUUUGUUUAUUUUUAAUGUACUCCGAAUGGGAUUUUGCAAAUCAUAUAUAGUGUCUUUUUACUAUCAUGUGAUGUGAUUAGCUCUUAUUUCUAGUACAUAUAAGUUGCUUAUUUUAUAGGCUUAACGGUAUAAUAGUUUAUGAAACUACAGAGUUUUUUUAGGAGUUAAAAAUUAUUUUUUUACCAUUAAAAUUUAAUGCUUUUAUACUCCUUAUUAAAAAUUAAUUGUAGUACAUAAUGAUCUCUUAUUGAUAUGAAACUCUGGCUCUUUUCUUUUAAUUACGUCUGAUUCUUUAUUUCAUGUACAUACCGUAUCUUAAAUCCUUUAUAAGAGCCAAAAAAAUUAAAUACAAAAAUUUUUAGUGAGUUAACUUUCACAAAUAUUAGGAUUUUCCAAUAAUGUGCUUAUCGCGGAGGGGGGUAUAGCGUGGAACUUACUUUGCAAGAGAAACUAGUUGUGAUCGAACAAAUUCUCCAAGCUGUCUGCUUUUUAAAGCUGAAAAAUGUAGAUUUUAAAGUAAUUCUACCAGAGCAAUUGUAUUUGACACUAAAGAAAAAAGCAAAGGUAAGAGUAAAUUUUAACCCUCCAGGAAUGCAUGAGUGAAUGUUUCCAGUUCAGACCACAGGGGCAGACGCAUAUUCCAUAGCGCUCCUUAUUUAUUUUAUACUGAUUGGAAAGACCCCUUAUCAAGAGUUGCAAGGGAAAAUGGGAGUUGAAGAAAUAUUAAAAGAUGUAGCAGAAAAUCAUAGAAGACCUAUAGUUCCAUGGGAAUUUGAGUACAAUCAUCCUGAUUUGACCCAGACGAUAAGAGAUUACUGGGUCCUACAGCCUUAUACAUUUGAGCAAAUGAGAGAAACAUUUGCUAGACUCUCAGUUAGUUAA